GCCCGAUUUCUCUAUAACCGAGCUAACUCUCUUCCUCAGACUCUGUGCUUCGCCUCUGCGCCCAGCCAUUGACACCUCCACCGCUAGCUUGGCGGCCAUUGCAGUAUUCUUCAGAGCUCACCAUGUUUGUCGUGGUUCGUCGACAUGCCAUUAUGGACAAUAUAUGACACUUCUCUCGGCCAAUCUUGCUCGUUGUUCGUGGUCCAAGACCUCUCCACGUCCAGAUCUGCAAACUGAGAAGCUGGCAUAAAUAGGAGCAUGCUCUCUCCAAUCAACAGAGUACCCGUCUCUGUGAAAUCUCAUCAUUAUCUUACUCUUUCCCAUUAUCAUCGUGCGACGGCAGCUUGUUAACACUAUGACAGAACGGAGACGCAGUAGCGUUGUGCAAGUUCAACGUGCCGACGAUGGUAUCGCACGCAUCAACGACAGUUCCAUUCGGAGACUCAGCGCUAUGAACCCGCAAGUUGUCCAGGAGUUUGAGGAGGCCAAAAAUGCCGCAAGACAUGAACAUGAGCUUACCGUUCGAGAUGCCUUGAGGCUUUACCCAAAAGCCAUCAUCUUUUCCAUCAUCUUCUCUAGCGCUGUCAUCAUGGAAGGGUACGAUCUGAGCUUGAUGGGGUCAUUUUUCGGCUUCCCGCCGUUCAGAAACUUCUAUGGUACCGAAGACAAUCCAGAUGGUGGGCGAAAUAUUGGCGCGGCAUGGCAGUCGGGCAUUCAGAACGGAGUUCAGGUUGGUAGUAUCAUUGGCCUUUGGCUCAAUGGUGUUAUUUCGGACAGGUUCGGCUAUCGCAAGACCAUGUUCGGCUCACUUGUCCUGAUGAUUGCAUUCAUCUUCCUUCCUUUUUUUGCCCAAAACAUCCAGACGAUUCUUGCUGGCGCAAUUCUAUGCGGUCUACCAUGGGGUGUGUUUCAGACUAUUACUGUGACAUAUGCAUCCGAUGUCACUCCGGUGGUACUUCGGCCAUAUCUGACAUCCUACGUCAAUCUGUGCUGGGUCUUUGGUCAAUUCAUUGCGGCUGGAGUGCUCCGCGGGUUCUUGAACCGGGAUGACCAAUGGGCAUACCGUGUACCAUUUGCCAUUCAAUGGAUCUGGCCACCAAUCAUUCUGAUUGGCGUUGUCCUUGCCCCUGAGAGCCCUUGGUGGCUCGUUCGCCAUGGGAGAUACGACGAGGCUCGUAAAGCACUCUUAAGCCUCACGAAAGCGUCAAGCGGCAUUCCCUUUGAUGUUGACAAGCAGCUCUCGAUGAUCAGGGCCACUAACGAGCUGGAGAAAGCCAUGUCGGAGGGCACGAGCUAUUUGGAUACCUUCAAGGGCAUUGACCGUCGUCGCACCGAAAUCACAUGCAUGGUCUGGGUGACACAGGCGUUUUGCGGCGCUGCGUUGAUGGGUUUCUCGGUCCAAUUCUACGAGCGUGCCGGGCUAAGCUCUGAAAACUCGUUCAACUUCAACCUUGGACAAUACGCCAUGGGAGCCGUGGGAACUGUCGGUUCGUGGCUGCUGAUGCCCCAUUUCGGACGCCGCACGCUCUACCUAUGGGGGCUGGGAAUUCUCUUUGUGCUACUAAUGGUUGUCGGUGGCAUGGGCGUGGCCGGCACCUCCAGAGGCCCAUCCCUAGCGGCAGGAAGCCUGCUCCUAAUUUACACCUUUGUAUACGACAUCACAAUCGGACCGGUCUGCUAUGCCCUGGUGGCCGACAUACCCUCAACACGCCUUAAGAUCAAGACUGUGGUGUUGGCGCGUAACUUUUACAACAUUGGUGGCAUCAUAAACAACACACUGAUGCCGCGGAUGCUACUGAAUACAGAAUGGAACUGGGGUGCCAAGACUGGCUUCUUCUGGGCCGGUGCAUGCAUCCUACUAUUCACUUACAUGUACUUCCGCCUACCUGAGCCCAGAGGUCGAACCUAUGGUGAACUGGACGUUUUGUUCGAAAACAAAGUCAGCGCCAGGAAGUUUCGCACCGCCGAAGUCGACCAGUUCGCCGGACACUCGACAGAGCUUGUGGAGGAUUCAAGCGACAAUGAAAAGAAUGACAAGCGUCAGGUCGAGAUUGUCAAUUAGCGAAACUCGGAGACUGAGCAGCCAAGUGUCUUUGGUGGCCGCACUGUGAGUGAGCUAAGAGGCCUCGAAGCUCGAUGCUCGGGGGGAGGAG